AUGGCAGGUUCGCGUUCGCGGUCGCGGUCGCGGUCUCCUCGAUCCGACAGCCGAAGAAGGAGCAGAUCUCCCGAUCGCCGUCGAGAUUCACGCCCAAAGAACUCGGGUGGUUUUCGCUGGAAAGACAAGAGACCGCGAGAUGACAGGUACAGAGAUGGGGAUCGCAGGUUGGAACGGGGAUAUCGUGAUCAAGGACGCCCUCGUUCUCCUGACCGGUAUCGAGGGUCAGGAAAAUAUGACGAGGUCGACAGACAUGACGAGCGAGAUAGAAGGCGCAUGCGCGAUGAGCCCUCGAGCGACAAAGCGCCCAAGGACAAGGAUGAGGACAAGGAUGAUCGCAAGGCUAAGAAGCCCAAGGAAAAGAAAACCCCUGUGCCCCAGUCGACCGAAGAGAUGAUAAUUGUGCAUGUGAACGAUCGCUUGGGCACCAAAGCUGCCAUCCCGUGCCUGGCUUCGGACCCAAUAAAGCUAUUCAAGGCACAGGUUGCUGCUAGAAUUGGCCGCGAACCGCACGAGAUAUUGCUCAAACGCCAAGGUGAACGCCCAUUUAAAGACCAGCUUACGCUCCAGGACUACGGCGUCUCGAAUGGUGUGCAGAUUGAUUUCGCAUCCAUCCAUCCAUCCAUCCAUCCUACAGUGGACCGUACACUGCGCAUGCUACACAAGCUAACAAUCCCUGCAGGGAGGUUGACACAGGCGAUUAGACCAGUAUGA